UUGGAUGUCAGUCGCUCGUUGCCGUUUUAAUAGAAAUUCAAAACCGUUCUGCCUAGUAUUUCGACAAAUAUUUAAUGCUUUCGCAUACAGCAAAGUAAAUAUAAAAUAUAUACCAACUGGAUAUCUGGUGACUGCUGCACAAACGAUAGACAUAGACACAAUGCCACAGGGCGAUGUGGCCACAAUGGGGCAUCGACAUGUCAUGUGCGAUGGAUGCCAGCGACACGAGUUCCCCGGCCGCAGAUAUCGCUGCCUGCGUUGCUCCAACUACGAUCUGUGCGGCGAGUGCUACGAUCAAUGCGUCCAAACCGAACACCAUCUGAUGGAACAUCCCAUGCAGCUGAUCCUGUUGCAGCCGCAACCAGUGCCAGAGCUACUGAGCGCCGGCGGUGCUGUCGAACAAUUGCAUUUGUGCAACUGCUACACCUGUCCGUACUGCAAGGUGAUGGGCCACACGGCCAAGGGCCUCAUCAAUCAUGUGUACGGGCUGCAUAGCGAGGACGAUAGCUAUGUGGUGUGUCCCAUGUGUGCCUGCCUGCCGGGCGCCUCCCUGAUGACAAUGCAGAAUCUAUCACGUCAUCUACUGACCAGUCACAUUGACUAUGCAAAUUUCCUGGAGCCGCACACGCCACAGCUGCAAAGGCUGCCGCAAGAAGCUAUCCCAGACUCGCGACACCGCCGGUCUCGCGGUCAUCUGCAUCAUCACUACCAGCAACAGAAUGCUGCUGCCUACGCCCAAAUGGUUAACACCGGACAAUUCGCUACGGACACACUGCCCGAUCUGUCCAAUGUGCAGAUAAGCCACGACCUUAUGAAUAAUCUACGCAGUCUUUAUACCGAUGACGAGAUUGACAGCAUGAUGAUGGGUCAUGAUAACACAUUGACUUUGAACGCAACUGGAAGGGCCAGUUCGACACCCAACACGCCGCCCAUCACUCUGGUGGAUCGACAGCCAGAGAAACGCAGAGAGAAGAAAGAACGCCGCACCAAAACAGAUCGUUUUCUACUAUCAAAAUGGAUGGCUGCCGAACAAAAGCAAUGGAAGAUGUCUGCAGAGGCUAGAAAGGUGCGGCAUAGACAGGCAAUCUUCACCGAACAAAUACUCCUCUCGAUGAUGUGCGCGGAGCAAUUGGAGCUGCCGGAGAGUGACCCAAUCGCAGAUACACUGGACUUGAAGCCGUUCGAAAGAGAGUCAAUCGAAACCGUCGCACCCAAUCGAUCCAAGGCAGGGCAGCCACUGGAAACUGGAAAGAAUACACAGCCAAUGGAAAAUCUACAGACCCUGGAAAGUGACACAGCUCUACAGCCACUGGAAAAUGGCACAGCUCUACAGACCCUGAAAACUGGAACGGUUUCAGAACCCAAGAUAUCCAAGAUAAUGUCAUUGAUGGCCCUGCCCUGGACUCAGGCCUGGUCUGCCUCUCAGACUGAUAACGGUAAUGGCACGGCCAUAAAGCAGUUCAUUCAACUGAUGGGCGCCACCACUGACGAAACCCAAGUGGAUGAGAUGAAGAAUGUGGAGGCUGUGGAUUGAGUGCCCCCUCACCUACAGAUAGUUUGACUUUUGCUGUUGCUUUUUGUUUUAGAUUUCUGAGUUCCCCUUUGCACAAAAUAUUGGAAAUUUAUUGUAAAAUUUAAGUUAAUAUUUUUUUUCGGUCUAUAUAAAGUAUUUGGAUGAUUUUUGUAAUUGUAAGAAACAUGGACUCUUGCUCAGAAUAAAAACCAACAAGACAAAUUUU